UUUCAUUGCUAGUGUGUGUGUAUCCCCAAGCAAUUGAAGUGAAAAAACAAUUAUACACAGAAGAGAAAGAAAGAGCGAAAAUGCAGGGCGCAAAGGAAAAGGCAGCCAACGUAGGGGCCUCAGCUAAGUGUGGCAUGGAGAAGACCAAGGCCACCGUAGAUGCGAAGAUGGAAAUGGGGAAAGCCCGUGACCCAGCGCAGAAAGAAGCCGUCACCAGAAAGAAAGAGGAGAGAAUAAUCCAGGCUGAUCGCCAACAGCAGGAGGAGCGUGCAUGCAACGCAGCAGCCAUGCAGUCGGGAAAGGCUGGCACAGGGGGGCCCACAGGCGUCCAUACCACCGGAACCCACACAAGGUCAGCCUUGCCUCAACAAGGCGUCCAUCCCACCGCAACCUACCCAACGUCAGCAUUCCCUGGACAAGGCUUCCAUCCCACAGGAACCCACCCAACGUCAACCUUGCCGGGACAAGGCACAGGCGUCCAACCCACCGGAACCUACCCAACGUCAGACUUGCCUGGACAAGGCACUGGCGGGUAUCCCACUGGAACCCGACAAGGCAGUGGCGGACAUCCCACUGGAACCCGACAAGGCAGUGGUGGGCAUCCCACCGGAACUCACCCAACGUCAGCCUUGCCUGGACAAGGCACGGAGGGGUAUCCCACCGAAACCCAUCCAACGUCAGACUUGCCUGGACAAGGCACCCGCCAACCAACGUUAGACCUGCCUGAAAAAGGCACUGACGGGUAUCCCACCGGAGCCCACCCAACGUCAGGACAAGGCACUGACGGGUAUCCCACUGGAACCCACCCAACGUCAGGAAAAGGCACCGACGAGUAUCCCACCGGAGCCCACCCAACGUCAGGAAAAGGCACCGACGGGUAUCCCACCGGAGCCCACCCAACGUCAGGAAAAGGCACCGACGAGUAUCCCACUGAAACCCACCCAACGGCAGGACAAGGCACUGACAGGUAUCCUCUUGGGUAUCCCACCGGAACCCACCCAACGCCAGGAAAAGGCAUUGACGAGUAUCCCACCGGAACCCAGCCAACGUCAAACUUGCCUGGACAAGGCACCCGCCACCCAACGUCAGACUUGCCUGGAAAAGGCACUGACGGGUAUCCCACCGAAACCCACCCAACGGCAGGACAAGGCACUGACAAGUAUCCGCUUGGGUAUCCCACCGGAACCCACCCAACGUCAGGAAAAGGCAUUGACGAGUAUCCCACCAGAACCCACCCAACGUCAGGACAAGGCACCGACGGGUAUCCCACGGGAACCCACCCAACGGCAGGACAAGGCACUGACGGGUAUCCCACCGAAACUCACCCAACGGCAGGACAAGGCACUGACGGGUAUCCUCUUGGGUAUCCCACCAGAACCCAACCAACGUCAGGAAAAGGCAUUGACGGGUAUCCCACCGGAAUCCAGCCAACGUCAGACUUGCCUGGACAAGGCACCCGCCACCCAACGUCAGACUUGCCUGGAAAAGGCACUGACGGGUAUUCCACCGGAACCCACCCAACGGCAGGACAAGGCACUGACGGGUAUCCGCUGGGGUAUCCCACCGAAACCCACCCAACGUCAGCCUUGCCUGAACAAGGCACUGGCGGGCAGAGGACUACUGCAGGACAAGUGAUCGAAGGUGAGGUCGGGUCGCACCCCAUUGGGACCAACAAAGCUGGCACCGGAAGGCCCAAUGCCAAUGACCCCCGCGUGGACCAUGACCCCAUUGAUGAGGGUUAUGGCACUGGUGGUGCCCAUAAUACUUGAAGUUGGAUUAAUAGAGCAUGAAUGGAGGCACCGUGAAUGUCGUGUGUAGUUGGUUUGCUGUUUUUUGUGUUUUUUUUUUCUCCUUCUGUUUGUGGUUUUCCCGCAUUUAAUUAAGGUUGUGUUUUCUAGAUGACCUUACAUGCUGUAACUAUAUAUGUAGUUCGGUGUUCCAUUUGAAUAAAAAUACAAUGAUUAUGUAA